AUGGAAAGAAGAAUUUUAGUUUUGAAAAAUUUGCGGCACGGGUUAUUGGUGCCUUUGAAGAUUAAAAAAUGUGGCGAUGGCAUGUCGGAACAUGCCAAGGUAACCAAGUUCUUGAGCAUGAUCAAAGAAGGCCCGCAGGGCGCAGGCUUGGACGCCUGUAAGACACUUGUCCGAGGAAGUCAAGCAUGUAUGCAACACCUGCGCAUGGCUAUCAACACUUUACAGACUGAAAAUACGACCCAGCAAACUCAUCGCUUAACUGCAAUUAGCGGUACAAGAGCCUUAGCUGCGGUCGAUGGUGGGGGACGAAACUCCAAUUGCGGACGUGGCCGUGGUCGUGGUCGUGAUCGUGAUAAUGGUGGUUGUGAUCGUGGUGGCCGUAAUCGUAAUUGUAAUCGUAAUCAACAUGGACGUGGUGGGGGUCGCGGACGAGGUGGUAGUCGCGACCACGAUGGUAAUGUAUGGUCCCAUUUUCGUGAUAUUUCGUGA